CUUUUUUUUGCUAGUUCCUGCCACAUGGAGCACGAAAAUCAAACCCCCGUAAAUCCAGUUACGCUGGCAAAAGACGUUGAAACGCGUGCACCAUUAAAAGAUUCAGUUAAUUCCGAUUCAACUACUCAUAUGGAAAAUGACACCGUUGCCACUACUACUACUACCACAGCUGCACCAACAACUGCUGACGAAAUCGACGACGACGACGACGACAUUGAAAAAAGUAGAACGCUACCACCUGAUCAACCUCCGCCAGCUCCAAAACUACCAGCAAGAGUAGCGCAGGACGAACAAGUGGCGUAUAUCGCCGAGCUACGUGCCAAAAAGCCUGUUCCAGGCGAGACAUGGUAUGCCGUUCCAAUGGAGUGGUUUCGCCAGUGGGAGUUGUUCUGCGCGUCCACCAGCAACGAUAGUCAGUCUCCAGGUCCUGUCAGCAACAACUCUAUGAUAAAACCGGAUGGCAGCUUGUUACCCAACUUAAAAGACAAGGUGGAUUUUGUCUUUGUACCUGAAAAUGCAUGGAAACUAUUUGAAGCAAACUAUGGAAUACUUGGUGAACCUAUCCCACGAAAAAUUCUUUAUGAUAAUACGUUCGAAACUCUGUAUCCUAUCAACAUCAAAAUCUAUGUUGUCAAUCGCGACGAUCACGACGCAGUUGACGGACCACGAAACGUACUCACUAUAUCAAUAUCCGAUGCGGCAUUACCUACUGAAUUAAUGCGAUACGCUGAAGAAGCUUUAUCACUACCUUUCGACGUGAAAGUAAGGCUAUGGAAGCUAGAAGCGAACCCGGAGGACACAACCAGUCUGUAUAUCGACCCAUCCUUGCUGAAGGAUGCCGAGCUCAUUAACGACCAAGAUGCUGCUACAAAAUCAGUUGCUGAGCUUGAUCUAGAGCUGUAUGGCUGUGCUGUGGAGCUGCUGACAUCUACGACAACUUCUAACGACAAUAACGUUAACAACGACUUUGGCGACGUAAGAAUGGAUUAUGAACAGCCAUCGAUGCUCGCGGCUCUACCACGAGAGAAGCAAUUGGAGUAUAUUAAAAAACUAGAGAAAGCUUCCAGCUUGAUGCCUGGUGAUACUUGGUACCUUAUACCGGGUGAAUGGUUCGAACGAUGGCAGGAGUACUGCAUGAUGCCAGACGAUGACUACGCAGUAAAUCCGGGCCCUAUGGAUUUGCUCUCACUUAUGGAUUAUGAUGGCUCUUUACGAGAGGGCUUAGCUAUCAAUAGCGAAGUGCUAAUUUUUCCUGAAGAGAUAUGGGAGGCUUUUCAUGCUUGGUACGGUGCAAAUGCCAAUCCCUUAUCAAGAGCCGUUCUUGCCGAUGGAGGAUUCGAAGCUUUAUAUCCUAGCGAAAUCCGGGUGUACGUGGUUCGAUCUCCAUCCGCUAAAUUUUCAUUAUCUGAUGUGGUGUCUGUCGAGUUAAAAGACACAGCAACUGCAAAGGAUUUGAGGAAGGCUAUCGAAGAACGUCUGGCUAUUCCUGCGGAUGUGAGGUACCAACUUUGGAAGCUUGAGGAUGAUCCAGAGAACGAUGAAGAUCCAUUUAUCGACGAUUCAUUACUCGCUAUGGGUACGCGCAUAAGAGACAAUGAUCCACGCGGGCUGACAGAAUUGGAGUUGGACUAUACACCCUGCGCUAUCAAACUCAUCGCGGAUUACGAACAAGAAGACAAUGACAACGAUCAAGAGCUUGAAGCGGCCAACAACUUGCACUCGCUAACAUCCGCUCCUUCUUCGCCUGACAAGAUGCCGAUGAUGGUCAGCGCCCAAACCAAUGAAAAGGAAAUGGCAUACAACAAGCCACCACCCGCUUAUUCGUCCGUGGACCCGAUCAAACUUUCUGGAUGCAGUAGUGAUGAUGAAAAGGAGCUAGAACCAGAAUUUGAACAAGGACUUUGUGGUUUGGUUAACAUGGGAAACACGUGCUACAUGAACUCAGCCUUGCAAUGCCUGAGCAACACUGCAGCACUUACUCGAUAUUUUCUAGAGGAGAUGUACAAGAAGGAGCUUAACCGAGAUAAUCCAUUGGGCAUGAAUGGUGAAUUGGCUGAAGCCUACGGUGACCUUAUCAAGGAUAUGUGGAGUGGUAGACAUGCAAGCAUUGCACCUAGAAGUUUCAAGUAUACGAUUUCUCGCUUCAAUUCAACCUUUCUUGGAUAUCGUCAACACGAUUCCCAAGAGCUCUUAUCUUUCCUUCUUGAUGGAUUACACGAAGAUUUAAACAGAAUCACAAAGAAACCAUACGUUGAACUACCAGAUUUUGACGAUAUGCCCGAUGGAGAGGUUGCGAUGCGUUGUUGGGAGUAUCACAAGGCAAGAAACGAUUCCGUUAUUGUGGAUCUGUUCCAAGGCCAAUUUAAGAGUCGUCUUGUCUGCCAAGAGUGUGAAAAGGUCUCCAUCAUGUUUGAUCCUUUCAUGUAUCUGUCCUUGCCUCUUCCAGUACAAAAAAGGACGCAAGUGACAGUCAUCUAUGUGCCGUAUGACCCGUCCCAAAGGCAACGACGUAUGAAGCUCACGUUCCAAAACAACGCAAGCAUUGAACAACUCCAGGGACAAGUUGCUCAACGAGUAGGCGUCAGGGAUCCCACUACAUUGCUUGUUGCUGAAAUCUACGACCGUGCCAUCUUUAAAGUGUACCCGUCUUAUGAGCCCGUCAGCGGCAUUGCACCUAAUGACAUCAUUUACGUCUAUCAACUUCCAACAUCCGUACCGACGGGCCAACCUGUUCGAAAAAAGAGAGCGAAACGAGCAGACGGUAGCAGUAGUAGCAGUAGUAGCGAUGAAGCGAAUGAUGAAGCAGAAUGGGUUAUUUUCCCUGUCUAUUGUGCUUCAACUCCCGCAUCUACCGAUAAUAAGAGUAAUUCAACCCGUCCUCCACUCAAGCAAUUCGGUGGGCCAAUCGUGCUGGCUAUGCGGACCGACGAAGCUAGUUCAACCGACAACGUGUAUCGUCUAAUUGCCGAACAUAUCGCACGAUUCACCAUGCUCAAGCCUUUUGAAGAAGUCAAGGAUGCUCUACGUGACGAAGCCAUGGAAACCGACCCGCCUCAAGGACAAAAGUCGAUCCAUACUUCUGCCGCAGUGACAGCAGCAGGUGGUCGACUCAUGAAGCCGAUCAAGAACUUGUUUACCAUGAAACUGUUUUGGGAAAGCGCAUAUCGCGGAAUUAGUACUAGUAGCGACAUUUUGCCCACGACGGCGCCAUUAAGCAGCGCAGGCCUUGUUGAUUUGACUAAUAGGGGAUCCGGCAGCAGUGCCUCAACCACAGGCACGACGAGUAGUUUUAUUGGUCCUCCUCUACCUACACAAGAGGAAGAAUCUGAUCCGCUACCGUUCUGCGUUUCGGACAAUGAAGAUGACGACAGUCGCAUGGCGAUCACCUCGGCAACGCCUCAGGAGGAUGGCGAUAUGGACGAUCCUAUGGCAACCGAUGCUAAGAUAUACCGACGAGAAUCUGCGAGCGACGAGGACGGCUCGGAUAAUGAUAAGGGUCAAUCGCCAGGACUCUCGACAACUACCACUGAUGGAAAGAAAAGUAGCAUCAGUGCCACCCAGCCCUCAUCCAAUUUACCGAGCCCUACUUCAUGGACCACCGCUUCUUCUCCGAGACCAUUGAUCAAACAAGGCGAGGGCAUUGUGGUCGUUUGGCCAGUACGCAAGGCACAAGAAAUGUUUGGCGGUUUCGAUGAGGUCGAUACCCGCGGGUGGGAGGAGAUAGACAAGGACGACCAUCCCGAUGAUGCUAUGGAUGAUGAAGAUGAUAGCAAUGACAAGUCUAUCACGUUGGCACACUGUUUAGAUGAAUUUACAAGGGAAGAAAUGCUUGGAGACCAGGAUUUGUGGUAUUGUCCACGGUGCAAGAAGCAUCAGCACGCACAGAAAAAAAUUGACUUGUGGUGUCUACCUGAAAUCAUGGUCAUCCAUCUCAAACGGUUCAGCAGCACGCGGAUGUUACGCGACAAGAUUGAUAUACUAAUUGACUUUCCAGUACAAGAGCUGGAUAUGACAGAUUGGGUAGCGAGCAGCCCAGCAGACAGAGAGCGACAGAUGGGCGAUCAUCCCGAUGAUGACCGUAUCAUAUACGAUCUAUAUGCUGUCGAUAAUCACUUUGGUGGGAUGGGUGGUGGUCACUAUACUGCCUUUGCGCAAAAUUCAAAAACCCGAGAAUGGUGUAAAUUCAACGAUUCGCAUGUAUCUCCAGUGCAUGACGUAUCCAGCGUGAAGACUGAGGCAGCAUACCUUCUUUUCUACAAACGAAGACGGACUGUCAUUAAUAGCAGCAGCAACAGCAGCCAAGCAGAAGAGUGAAAGUAAUAGAUCUAUACCCUUUGGCGAUUUUUCACUACGACAUACUUUUCCUUUUAGAUAUACUUCUUUGAUAAUUCAAACUUCAAAGUCCACACACAAGCAUACACACAUCUUUACA